AUGGACGACUACACGACGACGGUGAAGGAGGAGGCGGAGGUGGUGGUGCUGGAUGGGGAGGAGGCGCCGGUGCCGUUGCCGGUGGGGGUGGCGGUGGCGCCGUUCCUGGUGAAGACGUUCGAGAUGGUGGAGGACCCGGCGACGGACGCGGUGGUGUCGUGGGGCGCGUCGAGGAACAGCUUCGUGGUGUGGGACCCGCACGCCUUCGCCGCCCGCCUCCUCCCGCUCCACUUCAAGCACGCCAACUUCUCCAGCUUCCUCCGCCAGCUCAACACCUACGGGUUCCGGAAGGUGAGCGCCGACAGGUGGGAGUUCGCCAACGAGGACUUCCUCGGCGGGCAGCGCCACCUCCUCGCCAACAUCCGCCGCCGCCGCGCCACGGGCACGGGCGCGGCGUCGACGACGACAACGCCGCGCGCGGGGACAGGAGGAGGCGGCGGAGGAGAAGGGGAGGUGGACAGGCUGAGGAGGGACAAGGAGGCGCUGGCGAGGGAGCUGGCGCGGCUGCGGCGGCAGCAGGGGGAGGCGCGGGCGCAUCUGCUCGACAUGGAGCUCCGGGUGCGGGGCACCGAGAGGCGGCAGGAGCAGUGCACGGCGUUCCUCGCGCGAGCGCUCAGGAACCCCGACGUCCUCGACAAAAUCGCGCGCCACCACGCCGCGUCGCUGGCGGUGGAAGGAGGAAAGAAGCGGCGGAUGCUCGGCGCGGGCGCGGACGACGACGGCCUCACCUUGGAGGCGCUGGUGCUGGCUGCCGCUGCGGCGGCCGUCCCGUCGUCCGGCUCCAACACCCACGGCACGGGCGCGGUCACCACGGACAUGAUAUGGUACGAGCUGCUCGGCGAGGAGCAGGCGGAGAUCGACGUCGAGGUGGACGAGCUCGUCGCCUCCACCUCCGCCGCCGCCGACACGGUACCGGCGUCGGAUCCAUGGGAGGAGAUGGGCGAUGAGGAGGUGCAGGAGCUGGUGCAGCAGAUUGACUUCUUGGCCUCGCCGAGUUCUUGAAUCUUGACCGGUGCAGGAGAGCUUCACGGCGGCGCGGUUGCAAGGCUUGCAGUGUUGCAUUAGGCAGAGUAGCCAUGGAGCGGAGCUAAGCCGUGAGCUACGACAUACUACUAUAUUGUUGCGUGGCGUGUUAGCAUUUCGAUCUGCUGUGUGAUUGCGGUGCGGUUAGUGCUUAGUUAUGUUUGUGAAAUGGUUUGGUGAUUUGGUUGAUUAUAAUUCGGAUUCUGCGUUUGCUCUUGCAGGAUCCAGUGAUGGCUAUGAUGGAAUGCAGGAAGUGGAUGGAUGUGGUAUCUUAUCUGCUUCAUGGAUUGAUGUAUAAGGUUAUGUAUCAACACUUCAAUACUGGGCGGCAUGCCAGGAAGGAAUGCAUGGAUGAUUGAUUCAUAUCUAGGCAGCUCCUGGUGAAAGCGAAUAAUGUCGCCCAUAUAG